CUUACUGACGCACUAGCGCUCCGAGAGCUCCUCUCCCCCAGUCGUCUUUUCCCCUCCCCGGAAAAGGGAGUGCCUAGCGACGCCGGUGGCUGCUCCUCUCCGGAGUGAGGCGAAGAGCAAUGCCGCUGGUAGUGCUGUGUGGGCUGCCGGGGAGCGGCAAGAGCAGGCGAGCUGAAGAGUUGCGGGCGGCGCUGAGGGCCAAGGAGGAGAGUGGCGGCGAGCGGCGAGUCUUCGUGGUGGCCGAAGCAGAGGUGGCGGCGGGGGGAAGCGGCGGCAGGGCUGCGUUGCGAGCGGAGGCGGAGCGGCUGCUGAGCCGGCGGGACGUGGUUAUCGUGGACGCGGGCAGCGAACUGAAGAGCUUCCGCUACGAGCUGUACUGCCUCAGCAAGCACGCGGGGACCCCGCACUGCCUCGUCCUGUGUCCCGGCGGCGCUCCCUGCUCCGAUAGGCCUCCCUUGGAAGCGCCGGACUCACGCAACCGCUGGGACUGGCCGCUCUUCGUGGCGCCCGCCGACCUCGCAGAGCCGCUUCCGCUGCCGGAGAUUCGCGCCGCCCUCUUCGAGCGCUGCCCGCCUCCCCCCAAUAAGUCCACGCGCUCCCAGCCCCUCCAAGCCGCCGGGUUCCUUCACCAGCUCGACCGCCUCACGCAGGACAUGGUGGCCGCCCUUAUGGCCGCGCAGAGGAACGGCGCCCAGCCCGGCCAGUUCGUCUCGAUGGCGGUCGACGGGCUAGGCCAAGAGGCUCAGGGGUUGCUGCUGAGCCGGCCUGUCAGCCUCGCGGAGUUAAGCAGGCUCCGCAGACAGUUCCUCAGCUAUGCCAAGAUGCAUCCUGGAGAAGGGGAGGAGAAUCUACCCCAGCUGGGCGGCAUGUUCUUACAGUACUUGAGCCGCAACUUGCAGUGAGCGACUGGAGCCCGCUCGUUCUCCUGAGUUCCUGGGACAGAACCUAAUCUGUUUGGCCUGCUACCUAUUCUCUGGACGUGGAGCAAUUCAGCUAGUCACCAGCUAGCAGCGCAACCAGCAAGCACAAACUUAGGAGCCUCGAUCGGUGGACUAUCAGCUUCUUCACACUCUGCUGCACUGGAGCUUAAUGCGUUUGAAUAUUGAGGGAAAUGAAAAUGACCGAGGGAAGGAUGACCAACAUUCUGUCAUCAACACAGGAUCCCUUAAUAACAGACAGCUAGUCACAGCCUUAAUAAUUGUACAGUAGUAAAGAGGACACUGGCUGCCGGGUGUUUCAAAGCGUUAAUUCUCUAUAUCUUUAUUCCAAGCAGUUCUCAGAAAUAUCUCUAAACCUCUUUGCACAUACCAAAUGAUCCUACCUCUACAUAUUACUUCCUAUUAGACCAACUGAAACAUACAGCUUGCCUUCAUCUUUC